UGGGUAUUUUGGCUCCUGUGUUAAGUGAUUUGACGUUAUAUCACAGCUGGAUUGAUACGUUGCGAUAAAGAAUUGAGUCUUGAUUGAUUCUUUAGCUGUGAGAUCGUAAGGAAACUCUUACAGCCCGCACGUCAGCCUUCUGACAUCAGCACUCAGCUUAAAUACCCGCAGAAGCGAGCAGUGUCAACAAAAAGCAGGCACACCUUCAUGUGAGAGCUUAACACUGCUGGAAACUGAGCAGAGGAUCUCUCCCAUGAACUGCACUUUAUUCUAUUGACAAUACAAUAUUUCAGGGUUCUACACUAGUUCGCUCUCUUCUCUACAGAGCGAGAUAUCUAAAGAUCACAGAACGUUCUCCCAUCUCAACCAUUGUGCAUUGCUGGUUUUUAAUUAUGAUAAACGAGACUCUUGCGUUUGGAGAACUGGACACGAACGUUUCAGACCCACUGCCGUCUCUCUCUCUCAAUCAGAACAACAGCGCUCAGGCUGCGCUCAGGCUCGAUUUCAGGUCUCUGGUCACCUCAGCCACUAUGUUCGCCGUGGGAGUCUUGGGGAAUCUCAUCGCCAUCAUCGUGCUGUGUGUCACUAAGAGGGAACAAAAGGAAACCACUUUCUACACUCUGGUGUGCGGGAUGGCAAUCACGGAUCUGUUGGGAACGUGCUUCACCAGCCCCGUGGUGAUCGCCACAUACAUAGCCAGGCGGUGGCCGGGAGGAGUGCUGCUCUGCCACUUCUUCUCCUUCUCAAUGCUCUUCUUUGGCUCGGCCGGGAUGUCCAUUCUGUGCGCCAUGGCUGUGGAACGAUAUUUGGCCAUAAAUCACGCGUAUUUCUACUCUCAGCACAUAGACAGGACGAUGGCGCGGUUUGCGCUCCUGGUCACCUACCUGGCCAACAUCGUGCUGUGCAUCAUGCCCAGUUUUGGUUUCGGACAGCACGUGAAGCACUUUCCAGGGACAUGGUGCUUUCUAGACUGGAGGGCAGUUGAUCCGCUCGGUGCCUGCUUCUCCUUCCUGUACGGAGGCGUGAUGCUGUUGCUGAUCGCAGUGACAGUCUUGUGUAACUUGGCGGUUUGCAGGUCCCUGGUAGGGAUGAACCAGAGGACGGGGAUAGUAAGGACGGAGUUGUGUGAGCAGGGAGGAUCACGGCGCCGCUUCCCAAGGCUGCCCUCAGUCACCUCAGCGGCGGAGAUCCAAAUGUUCUGGCUUCUGAUCUUGAUGACCAUCGUUUUCCUGGUCUGCUCAAUCCCUUUGGUGGUCCGGAUCUUCGUGAACCAGCUUUACGGCCCCGCUGUCAUUUCCGCUGGAGGGAAGCCGGACGACAUGAGCGACCUGUUGGCGAUCCGCUUUGCCUCGUUCAAUCCGAUCUUGGACCCCUGGGUGUAUAUUUUGUGCAGAAAGAAUCUGCUGCUGAAGGGCUGCGAGAGGCUGAAGAGGACGGUGGCCUGUUUUACGGGCGGCCGGGGAGACAACAUUGGCUGGGCAGGAGACCAACACUCCCCUCCAUCUUUACACAGCAAUGACACCAGUUACGCAUCAAUACGCACAGCCAGCUACAGGAACGACGUGGAGCACCGUGUGACCGUCAAGCACCAGACUUGUACAGACUUCGCUAUGAGGCAGGCGUGGGAGUACGACACAGCCCGUGCUAACUUUCACCCAUUCAGCGUGGAGUCGACCGCGAUCCUGGCCUGUGAGGAGGAUAUAACAGCUGGGUCCAAACAGGAGGUGGCAACCAUGUCGUCUCCACGCAGUGUAACGACUCCCCUCUCUGCGCACGUGAGAAGAGUGGACAUUGUCACCUGCACAUUCAGCACACCGAGCUCGUGCCAGUCAGCGAAAUGCCUCUGACAGACAUGUUAUGUCAGCCCACAUCACCCGAGAAAUUACAAUGCAUCUUUGUGAGGAAGCAACGCUGCCAGGUGAUAAACUCCACUGUAGUUGUUUUUUUGUAACUUCAGAUAGUUUGAAUCAAACGGAGAGCCUUAUCAAACUGAAUGAAAAACUUUAGCAUCACUUAGAAAAAAAUGGUGACUAGAAUUAUCCCAACAUCUGUACCGGGUCAAAACACAACGUGAAUGAACCUGCUGCAGAGGAUUCACAAUUUAAUUCAAACCACAUUAAAAUGUGAAAUAGUUCCUGCUGGAGAGCACAAUAGAUUGUUAUGCCAGGUCGUCAAAUAGCGACGUUUUGUCACACUAGUUAAGCGCGCGAGGUAUCCUUUUGCGCACCAGUUACUUGUACAGACCUACAGUCUGUGGUACAGUCCUACAGUCUGUGGUACAGUCCUACAGUCUGUGGUACAGACCUACAGUCUAUGGUACAGACCUACAGUCUGUGGUACAGACCUACAGUCUGUGGUACAGUCCUACAGUCUCUGGUACAGACCUAUACAGUCUCUGGUACAGACCUACAGUCUCUGGUACAGACCUAUACAGUCUCUGGUACAGACCUACAGUCUAUGG